AGAGUCAUACAGCAAAAGCUACAAAUGCCUCUUCAGUAGUAAAGUCAUUUGGCUGAUAAAAUGACUGGUAUCAAUACUUUUAAAAAAUGUAAUAGUAGAAUUUUAAACAUUUCUCAGUAUAAUCUUUAAUAAGUCUUCUGGUUUAUCAGUUAUUAAUCUCAGCUGAUGCAGCUGUGUUAGAGAACCCCCUUUAGAAUCUGUGGGAUGAUUUAAGUUUUGCAGAACAAACAAAACAUCCUCUGAGUAUAAGGAAGUUCCCAUCCCUCAAAGGCACCAACACACAUGUGCUGGGCACUUAAAAAAGCAGAGUCUUCUCUCAUCAUAUCGACAAGCACAGAACAGACGUGUGAAACCAAAGAUUUCAGCAGGAACAAUGGCACACAGCAUUAGUAACAGCAAGGACAUUGUGGUUGGGACCAACAAAGGGAAGAUUGGCUCUGAUAACAAUGUUAAUAUUAGCAGAGGAUUAAAAUCCCAGUCAGAUACUGGGAACUCAAGUCAGACAGGAGGUGGAGGCAGCUCUGGAUCCACUGCUUCUGGGAGCACUGGCAGUGGGAGUGGAGGAACAGGUCCCCAGCCAAAAACUGGCAGCUCAUGUCACAAAGGAGGUGGAACUGGAAGCUGCUCUGGAUUAACUGCAUCUGGGAGCGUCGACAAUGCAGGCGGAGGGAAAGCAGUCAGUAUUGGCAACGUAAGUAACAUGACAGUUCAAGACAAUGCAGGGGACAUCGGUGCAAAGAAUACCUCCAAUGUUAGCAGAGGAAAAGGAGUCAAAGUGGAUGUUGGCAACAUAAGUAAAAUGGAUGCCGGAUCCAACAAAGGAGGCAUUGGUGCAGGGAACAAGUGCAAUGUGAUGGGAGGAGAAGGAGUCGAAAUAGGUAUUGGCAACAUAGCUGACAUGACAGUUGGAGACAAUGUAGGAGGCAUCGGUGCAAAGAACACCUGCAAUGUGAGCGGAGGAAAAGGAGUCAAAGUGGAUAUUGGCAACGUAAGUAAAAUGGAUGUCGGAUCCAACAAAGGAGGCAUUGGUGCAGGGAACAACUGCAACGUAAUGGGAGGAGAAGGAGUCAAAAUAGGUAUUGGCAACAUGGCUGACAUGAUAGUUGGAGCAAAUGUAGGAGGCAUCGGUGUAGGGAACAACUGCAAUGUGAAUGGAGGAAAAGGACUUGAAAUAAAUAUUGGCAGCGUGACACAGGCAGGGAUUGGUUUCAGCGUAGAAGGUCUUGGUUUCGGGAACAGUAUUAACAUUAACUAAUGAAAUCCCAGUCCAAAUGACCAUGGACGACCAACAAACAAACAAAAAACACCCCAAUCAUGAUGUAGAAAAAGACUUGUUUUUAAAUGUCUCUGCUGAUUGCCUUCUAUUGUCUCACAAUAAACUGUGUUGGAGAUAA